UAGAGAGAGAGAGGGAGAGACUCAGCGGUGCGGAAGAAUAUCGAAGAUGAAGAUUAACGUGAAGACUUUGAAGGGUACUCACUUCGAGAUCGAAGUCAAGCCUGUAGACACUGUUGCUGAUGUGAAGAAAAACAUAGAAACUGUCCAAGGCCCAGAUGUUUACCCAGCUGCACAACAAAUGCUUAUUCAUCAGGGGAAAGUUCUUAAAGAUGCCACAACACUGGAUGAAAACAAAGUUUCUGAAAAUAGUUUCCUUGUCAUUAUGUUGGCCAAGAAUAAGAGCUCUUCUAGUGGAGGUUCAAGCACAGCAGCUACCGCUACAAGUCAGGUUAGAGUUUCACAGGCCCCUUCGACUGGAUCCACUUCGCCUACUUCUGCUUUGGCAUCAACAAUACCUCAAGCACCCACUCCAACCUUGGCUACUCCGGCAUCUGCUCCUGUGCCAACUCCUGCAGCUGCUGCUGCGCCAACUCCUUUAGCUGCUCCUGUGUCCACAGUUGCUGCUUCCACAGAAACAGAUGUUUAUGGUCAAGCAGCAUCAAGUCUUGUUGCCGGCAGCAACUUUGAGGGAACUAUUCAGCAAAUUCUUGAUAUGGGUGGAGGAAGUUGGGAUAGAGAUACUGUUGUGCGUGCUUUGCGUGCAGCUUAUAACAACCCAGAGAGAGCUGUUGAAUAUUUAUAUUCUGGUAUACCGGAGCAAGCAGAAGUUCCCCUUGUACUGCGGCCGCCUGGGAGUGGUGAUGCUACUAUCCCUCCUGCCCAGGCUCCACAACCUGCAGGACCAGCCCCUCCUUCCACUGGACCAAAUGCAAACCCACUUGACCUCUUUCCUCAGGGCCUUCCAAAUGUGGGUUCUAAUGCUGGUGCGGGUUCCUUGGACUUUCUACGCAACAGCCAACAGUUCCAAGCAUUGCGAGCUAUGGUGCAGGCAAACCCCCAAAUAUUGCAGCCCAUGCUUCAAGAACUGGGGAAGCAAAAUCCACACCUAAUGAGGCUCAUUCAAGAACAUCAGGCUGACUUUCUUCACUUGAUUAAUGAACCUGUUGAAGGAGCAGAAGGGAAUCUAUUAGGGCAACUGGCAGAAGCGAUGCCACAGGCAGUGACAGUCACACCCGAGGAGCGUGAAGCCAUUGAACGGCUUGAGGCGAUGGGCUUUGACCGAGCCAUUGUAUUGGAGGUGUUCUUUGCCUGCAACAAGAACGAGGAGCUUGCUGCCAACUACCUUUUAGAUCACAUCCAUGAUUUUGAAGAGUAAUUAGAUGGAAAACCAAAAAUUGUCCAUUUUUCUUAUUUCCUUUUCUUGGUUUUUUGCCUUAUUUUUAUGCAUUCAGAAGUUUGUACUGUGGAGUAUUUAUCUGCAUUUCACUCUCCAACCAUAUGUUAGUUUUCCUUUGUGAA